UAUGAAUGUGUGUCGAUGGCAGUUUCUGGUGCUCUGCUUCCUUGUUAGACUUAAUUAUCAAUCUUCAUUGGCUCAAGUCUAUAUUGGAGGUAUAUUUGACAACGAUAAUUACAUAAAUAUUUUUAAAAAGGCCAUUGAAUAUGUUAAUUAUCGAAAAAUCUUCUCACCCGAUUAUAUUUUAUUACCUUACGUUAAUAAAACUGGACCAUUGGCAAGUUUUGAAAGUAUGCAAUUAGUUUGCGAACAAGCCGAAUUCGGAGUUAUAGCCAUCGUUGGUCCAAUUAGUUCAACACCAACAGCCGCAAUAUCUCCGUUAACCAGCAAAUUUGAGAUACCUCAGUUAGCCCCAGCGGCAACCAAUCCCCUAUUAAGUAGACGAUCGAUUAUCGUAUUGUUAUCCAUGGAACAUAAUAAAGACCUUCACCGUUUUUUGAUACGAAUGCUUGCACCCGAUUCCGUUCAAUCUGCGGCGUUAAUUGAUCUUGUAUCGAAUUUUGAAUGGACUAACUUGGCAAUUUUAACGUCCGAUACCGAUUACGGUAUUAAUGGUUUAAUACAAUUUCAAGAGGGAGCCGCUAAGAAAGGUUGGAAAAUUGCUAGCGUUCAGCAAUUUUCCACUUCUAACGACAUUCAAAACGUGGAUGCUACCGAACAAUUACAAAACAUUAAAAAUAUUGGUAUUCGUGUUAUUAUUUUGAACUGUUUGGACGUUUUUGGUGAAGUUAUUCUUAAGCAAGCCGAAAAUUUAGGUAUGACUGAAAAUGGAUGGGCUUGGAUAGUUACGGAUGGUAUAACAGGAACGAAUUUUGGAACGGAAAAGAAUAUUCCAAACUAUAUGAGAGGCUUAAUAGGAACCAGACCUUCUUUUGGUCAAGGUAUACUUAACAGAGACUUUCAAACAUUUCUUGUUCCCGGCUCUAUAAACGCCUACAGUUCAAAAAUAGCGGAUGCAGUAUUAGCAGUAGCUUACGGUUUACAUAAAGCUUCACAAAGUAAAUCCAAUCUUGAAUUCCCAAAGAAUUUAUCCUGCAAUACAGCAUCUUUUUGGGAGGAUGGUCAAUUUCUUUUAGAUAGCAUUAAAAGAUUAAACGAUGCUGGAAUAUCUUCGAGCAUACAAUUUAAUGAAAAUGGCGGUCCUCUUUCUGUACAAUAUGAUAUUGUCAAUAUGAAACUUGAUGGGUGGAAUGAGGUUGGAACAUGGACCCCAAAUGAAGGAUUACAUUUACGGAAUCGUCAAGAUAUUCGAUUUCAUGGAGGAUCCGAAAUUGUUUUAGAUGAAAUAAGUCAUUUAGUUAAUAGAACAAUAAGAGUUGUUUCCAUAAGAGAGGAUCCUUUUGUUAUGCACUUAAGUGAUGAUAUUCAAUUGGGUUCUAUUCUAACUCCUAACAAUACCGAAGGUUAUUGCAUAGAUUUAUUAGAGAGGCUUUCGAAAGAUAUCGGCUUCAAGUAUCACAUGUACAAUGUACCUGAUGGGAAUUUUGGCGCAAAAGAUUCCAAAACGAGACAAUGGAAUGGAAUGGUUAAAGAGUUAGUUGAGAGAAAAGCCGAUAUGGCUGUUGCUAGUCUAACUAUUAGUUAUGUUAGAGAAAAGGAUAUUGACUUUACAAAGCCUUAUUUAGAUCUUGGUGCAACCUUUGUCAUGAAAACACCUAAACCGGAGGCUGCACGACCAUUCAAAUUCCUCGAUCCGUUUACAAGUGAAUUAUGGUUGUUCAUUGUAGUAACGGCUCUUAUUAUUGGUAUAUAUUUAUCAUUAAUUGAUAAAUUAAGUCCAUUCGCCAGACAUGGGGCAUUCAUUCAUACGCAUGGACCAAAUCAAGAGGAUUUAUCUAUGGCAUCUCAAGUUGAGUAUAAAAAAUUUAAAAGAAUGAAACACGAAGCAACUCAUGAAUUGAACGCGACAAAUGCUACAUGGUUUUCAAUUGCGUCACUUUUGCAACAAGGUGGAGAGAUUUAUCCGACGUCUUUAUCAGGAAGAAUAACUGCUGUUUUAUGGUGGAUGUUAGUUGUUAUUAUUGUGUCUACAUACACAGCCAAUCUGGCAGCCUUUUUAACCGCCUCCAGAACAAAAACCAAUAUAAAUAGCAUAGAAGAUCUGGCUGCUCAGAGUGAUAUCAAAUACGGGACAGUGGUUUACAGCGCUCCUUAUCAAUUCUUGAUGGACAGUCAAAUAAGCUUGUAUAAAGAUAUGGCAAAUACCAUGACAACUAAAAAGACUCUAGUAUCUUCAACGGCUGAAGGAUUUGAUAAGGCUAGAAAAGAGAAUUUUGCAUUUAUAUGGGAUUCGGCCGUUCUUGAGUACGCCGUUGAACAAGAACCAUGUCAUACAUUGCGCAGUAUUGACAAACUCUUUGGACUAAUAGGAUAUGGAUUUGGUUUACAAAAAAGUUCUCCUUAUCAAAAAGAACUAUCGGCACACAUCUUACGAUUAAGGGAGGCAGGCUAUUUAGAAGAAUUAAAAAAUAAAUGGUUUGUUGAGAGAGGUCAGUGUGGUUCUUCAGGCACAGUUGCCUCAUCUACUUCUAGCGUUAUUGAGGGACAAUUAGACAUCGACCAUAUGUCGGGUGUUUUUUAUAUUAUAUAUGGUGGAAUCGUUUUGGGUUUAAUCGCAUGUGUCAUUGAAUGGUUAAUUGCUUCACUUGCAGCGGUUGAUAAAUACGAUGAGACUAAACCUCAAACUUUGGUGAAUUCAAUAAAAAAGAGAUUGUCGAGGCUGAGGGCAGAUUUUAGUGUAGGUUGGCUUCCCCCUCCUGUCCCUUGGUGUUGUCCUAAAUCAGCUGCAGAAUUUGAAGAACACGUAUUCCCGCCUUCAAGGAGAAUGUCAAAGUCCUCUCAUCAAGAUCUUCACGAUGGAAAUGGAGUAAGUCAAUUUCGUCUUUCCAGUAAGUCUGCAUCUUUGAGAAGCCGUCGAACUGAAUCACAAACUAAUCUCAUACCCGAUCAACCUCCAUCUAUCGGAAGAAAAGUUGAUCCGAGAAUUGCUGAAUCUAUAUUAAAUUCGUUUAAAGACGAUUCGAAAGAAAACAAUACGAAUGAGAAAGGACUGCCAGAACAAAGGAGUAUGGAUAAACUAUUUACGAUUUUAGCUGAUAUAUCAGACGCUAGGAAAGGUGGUGGCGAUAGUUUUAGCGAUCGAUUGAGUAGUAGAUAUACUGUUUUCUUAUUAAUUAUAUUUUCGGUUAUUGUUACAACGAGGCAUAUUGUUGGUAGCCCAAUUUCUUGCUGGUGUCCUCCAGUUUUUACUUCAAGCCAUAUAGAUUAUACCAAUAAAGUUUGUUGGACAACAAAUACAUUUUAUUUACCUGUUUCUGAAGAUCAUUUAAUUCCUGAUGAAAAUAAGAUAGACAAAAGAAUUGGAUACUAUCAAUGGGUUUCCCUCAUUCUAUGCUGUGAAGCUGUGUUCUUUUAUCUGCCGAGACCAUUAUGGAUCGCACUUAGUAAAAAAUCAGGCAUCGAAAUUUCGACACUUAUCGAUGCAGCAAUCGAGUGCGAAAAAUCUCUUUCGAACAUGGAGAAGACAAAGCGCUAUAUAAUUAAGAUAGCAAGAACUGAUUAUACCAUGUACGGAUUGAAUACAAUGUCAAAUAUCAUCUUUAGAGGACAAUGGGGACUAUCAAAAACAUUUCCAAGAGUUACUAUGUGCGAUUUUAAUAUAAGAAUUAUAGGAAAUGUUCAAAGACAUAUCGUUCAGUGUACCCUUCCAAUCAAUAUGUUUAAUGAAAAAAUUUUUCUAGUCAUUUGGUUCUGGCUUGUUUUUGUUGCUAUAGUGACAGCUGCUAGUUUAAUUCUAUCAUUAAUGAGUUUACUUCAAAGUGAGGACUACGUAAAAACGAGACUGAUAACUCUUAAAGAGUAUCGAGGGAAAUGGGCUACUAAAUGUAAUGUUAAACAUUUUUCUCAACAUUAUUUAAGAAGCGAUGGUCUCUUUAUUCUUCGAAUUUUGGCCAAAAAUACAAAUGAUUUACUUGCAUCUGAAAUUUUAAUUGGACUUUGGAAAGAAUACCAAAAAGAAAGACAAGAUAUUUAUACAAUGAAUAAAUACGAAUUACAAGUAAUGGAUAUUACGUUACAUGAACUCUCUCAGGAUCCUGCAACAAAGCUGCCUACCUUAGAGUUUGAUCGUACAGAUUCAGAACAUGAUAACAGAAUAAAAGAUGAAUGCGAAACUCAGGAAGAAGAAAAACAACAACAACAAGAACAAAACGAAAUAGAAGAGAAAGAAAGAGAAGAUGAAAUGUAA